AUGGAUUUCGCAUCCCUAAUGUCCAAAGAGAUCGCGAAGGCGAAACCACCCACAUCAUCCGCCAACGACUCCCCAGCCAGCAACAAGAAAUACAUCCGCCGCUCCGAAGCCGAGGCCCAGCGCCAAGUCGCCUACCGUGCAGAGCAGGAGGCGCUCGAGCAGAAGCGCGCCGUCAGGGCAGCCGAGAAGCGCAAGCGCGAGGAGGACGGCGCAGAGGAGGUGCGGCAGCGCGAAGACCGCCGGCGCAAGCUCGAGGAGGACACGCGGCGGCGGCGCGAGGAGGCAGCCGAGGCCGAGGAGCGCGCGCGGCGGAAACGGCUCGGGCUGCCCGACCUCGUCGAGGAGGACGACACGGACAAAGAUGCAGCCGCCGACGGCGACGACGAGGACAUACCCGACAAGGAGCUCGUCGCAAAACUGCGCGAGCUGGGCGCGCCGGCGACGCUGUUCGGGGAGACGCACCGCGCGCGGCUGCGGCGGUACCACAAGCUGACGACGGUGGUGACGACGGGGCCGAUCCCGACGACGCUGCGGCUUGUCGACGAGGCCGACAUGAAGGUGGACAGCACAAACGGCGUACCACAAGACCGCGCGGCCCGCACGUACCUGUUCCGCCAGCUGGCAUCGUACUUCACCAUGGUGCUGCGCGAGUGGGAGGUGGCGCUGGCGCGCGAGCAGCUCCAGACCAAAACCGAGACGUUCGCCAGCAAGGCCGCCGUCAACGCCAUGGUCUCGAGCCGCGAGAACAUGACCCCGCUGUUCCGCAAGCUCGAGAAGGGCGAGCUCGACGACGACAUCCUGCAGCCCGUCGUCGAGAUCGUCCAGGCCGCCCAGGAGCGCCGCUACGUCGACGCCAACGACGGCUACCUGCGCCUGAGUAUCGGCAAGGCCGCCUGGCCCAUCGGAGUCACCAUGGUGGGUAUCCACGAGAGAAGCGCGCGCGAGAAGCUGCACGACGGCGAGAGGGGCCACGUCAUGGGUGACGAGGUCACGAGGAAAUACCUACAGAGCAUCAAGAGAUGUCUCACUUUUGCUCAGGUUCGCUGGCCGCCCGAGGAUAUUAGACAGUUGAUGGGAUGA